CAAAAGCCCCUUCGCUCCCCUCUUUUUCUAUUUCAUCAUCUCUCUCUUCCCAUGAAAAUUACCCAACAUGGACUCUUUCUCUCUCUUCUCUCUCUUUCCUCUCGCUACCCUCCUUGUUCCCUUCAGCCAUGGCUCCAUCCGCUCUCCUCUCAUGAGCAAAACCCAAAAUGGAGCCACGUACCAAGCUAUCUUUUUCUCUCCUCUUUAUCUCUCGUAUAUCUUUCUCUCUCCUCUCUCUAACCUCUCCAUUCACUGUCAACAUAUUGUAUCGAAUCCAUGAAAGCCUCUGUAGGUAAAUCUAGAGGUGUGUUUGGUGGUUCCUUUUUAUCUAAUUCGACGUGGGGCUUUCCAUGUUGCAAUGGUGGAACCAUGUCUGAAGAACUUAGGUUUUCAAAGUGUCUAGAAUCAAUAGAGGGAGGGAAAGAUUGACUGAUCUGGUUCUUAUGUGAUGGAGCCUGAGUGAUGAGGCCAUUAAUAAAAACGAAAGGUAAAUCUCAGCACCUUCAUGUUUUUCAUCCUUGCUUCUUUGAACCCAUUUUCUUUUCUUGAAACUUUUCAUCUUCUGAAACCCAAUUUUCAAUUGCACUUUCUCUAUUGGUAUUUUGAGGGAUGCCAUUGGUGCUUAUUUUGGAGAGAGAGGGAAAGGGAUAGAGAAUAGAGUGAAAAAGAGAGGAAGGGGCUAACGAUGAGGUGCGCUAAAAUGGAGCGGGGGGAGAGGAAGGGAUAGAGAAUAAAGAGAUAGAGAAAGGGGGGGCUAUGGAUGAUGAUUUGGGUUUUCAUCAUUUCAAUACAAAAAAUCCACUUUUAUGGUAUUUGGUUUACCGGAAAGGGGGUAAGGAAAACAAAAACAAGGGGGGUGCUAUCCCUAAUUUAAGAACAAUGUGUUUCCAUUUUAUAAAUGACUCUCUCAACAUGGUCUUUACCGGAAAGGGGGUAAGGAAAACAAAAACAAGGAGGUGCUAUCCCUAAUUUAGGAACAAUGUGUUUCCAUUUUAUAAAUGACUCUCUCAACAUGGUCUGUAAUAAUUUUUUUUUUUUUCGUAAUGGGGAAGUUUUAUAUAGAUCCCACACGCAUAUAAAGUAUAUGGGACAGAUUUGACUAGAGGGCUGACUUGAGUUUACAACGUUAUCUGUUGUCUCUCAAGUGUCAAAUCGCUCAGAGUGUUUUAUUUUUAAUAUUUAUUAUAUAAAUCAUUUUGUAGCGAAAUUUGGAGAAGACCCACCAAUCAUAUAACCAUCCUUUUAAAAGAAAGAGAAAAAGUCCUCUUGGAAAAAGUCCUCUUGUAGCUUGAAUUUGACAGAUCAACCCUAACAAAAAGAAGUCUUGGAGUAACUUAAAUCAAGCAAUCAAAACAGGCGGGCGCUAGAGUUCCAACGAACUAUUGUGCACAAAAAUGACCGGUUUUUGGGUAUGGCUCCUUGUAUUCGCAGCCAUUCUUGCAGUGAUCCAAAUCCUGUUCGAUAGAAAGCUAGAAGUCUUAACCUGCCACCAGGCCCACGCCGGUUUCCGGUGAUCAGGAACCUGCAUCAGCUCGGGAAGCUGCCCCAUCAAUCCCUAGCUCGCCUCUCGCAACAGUAUGGUCCACUCAUGUUCAUAAAGGUGGGUAGAGUCCCUACCAUUGUGGUUUCCUCUGCAGAGACUGCUAAGGAGAUUCCAAAGAUUUGCGUUCUUGAGCUGCUCAGUACAAAGAAGGUACAGAGCUUCCAGUCAGUAAGAGAAGACGAGGUGGCUUCCAUGGUUAGUACCAUCUCUGGUUUGUCUCAUGGUGACCUUGUGAAUUUGAGUAAGAUGUUCUAUACUUUGACUAACUGCAUAAUUUGUAAAGUGGCUCUGGGCCACUCUGAAAGAGAUCAAACUGAAUACAGACUUUACAAGAUUGUACAGGAAUUGAAUUCCAUAUUGAGAAGCUUCUUUGCUGCUGAUUUAUUUCCAUCAAUGGGGUGGGUGGAUGUCUUCACUGGAAUUCGGGCCAGGAUCAAGAAGAACUUUCGAGAGCUGGACAGCUUCCUCGACGAAGUGAUUCAAAACCACAGGUACAAAGGGGUUCUUGAGCCAACAACUGCGAACAAAGACUUUGUGGACAUUUUACUGCAAGCUCAAAAGGAUUAUAGCCUGGAUAUUCCUCUCACAAUGGAUAACCUCAAAGCUAUUAUACCGGUCAUCUUCCACCCAAAAAUUUGUUUUCCCUGAUAUAAGAGCCUUGGUCUGAUAACUAGCUCAGGUUCUCCUACCGCGCAGGAUAUGUUUGCAGCAGGAACAGAGACAUCGGCAACAACUCUAGAAUGGUUGAUGUCAGAGCUCCUAAAGAACCCGGCUGCAAUGAGGAGAGCUCAAGAGGAACUGCAUCGAGUUAUGGGGGUUAAAGGCAAGCUCAAUGUCUCUGAAGAUGAAUUGCCCGAGUUGGAAUACCUUCACUCUGUAAUCAAGGAGGUCCUUCGGUCGCAUCCACCUGCUCCCCUCUUGGUUCCAAGAGAAUCAAGGGAGACUACGAAGAUCAAUGGAUUCGAUAUCCCUGCAAAAACGAGAUUCUAUAUAAAUGCUUGGGCCAUAGGAAGACAUCCCGAUUACUGGGAUCGAGCAGAGGAGUUCUUGCCAGAGAGGUUUAUGAGUAGUGCAAUCGAUUUCAAGGGGCAAAAUUUCGAGUUCAUACCAUUUGGGGCAGGACGAAGGAGUUGCUCUGGAUAUUUAUUUGCUAUACACACUGUUGCGCUCACGGUGGCCAAUCUGAUCAACCAUUUUGAGUGGGAGGUUCCCCCUGGUGGUCUAGACAUGGCUGAAUCUGAUGGGAUUACACAGAGGAAACAUCCUCUUUUUCUUCUUGCUACUCCACGGUGUUUUUGAUUUUGAUGUCAAUGUAUUUGAAUUUCCGGUCAGUGACACUUUAAGGGGUGUUUCAUAUAUAUAA